CACAGACGAGAGACGACCUUCCCUUCCCGUUCCUCUGUUUUUAUCUCUGCUCCAUUCCUCGAUCGGCCAUGGUGGUCCUCGCCAAGGGUGAGCUCGAGCAGAUCGCGCUGCCUGCGGCGGCGCCGCCACGGGCCGACGUGCGGUCGGUGGACCUGUCGGCCCCGGCGGGCCCGGCGCGCGAGGCCGCGGCGCGCGCGCUGGUGGCGGCGUGCGAGGAGCACGGGUUCUUCCGGGUGACGGGCCACGGCGUGCCGGCCGAGCUCGUGCGCGCCGCGGAGGCCGCGGCGGCCGGGUUCUUCGCGCGGCCGCAGGGCGAGAAGGACGGGGAGGCCCCCACGCUCGGGUACGGCAGCAAGCGCAUCGGCGGCAACGGCGACCUCGGCUGGGUCGAGUACCUCCUGCUCGGCGUCAACCCCGCCGUGCCCGCCGCCUCCGCGUCCUCCUCGACAUUGCCGUUGCGGGGCCUUCUGGACGAGUACACGGUGGCGGUGCGGCGGAUGGCGUGCGCGGUGCUGGAGCUGAUGGCGGAGGGGCUGGGCAUCGCCGGCGCCGGGGACGGGGACGGGGACACGGUGCUGGCGAGGCUGGUGGCGCGCGCGGACAGCGACUGCAUGCUGCGGGUGAACCACUACCCGCCGCGGCCGGCGCUGAACUACCCCUGCCUCACGGGGUUCGGCGAGCACACCGACCCGCAGAUCAUCUCGGUGCUCCGCGCCAACGGCACGUCCGGCCUGGAGGUCGCGCUGCGGGACGGCGCCUGGGCCUCCGUCCCGCCCGACGGGGACGCCUUCUUCGUCAACGUCGGCGACACCCUGCAGGUGUUGACGAACGGGAGGUUCAGGAGCGUGAGGCACAGGGUGGUGGUGAACAGCGAGAAGUCCCGGGUGUCCAUGAUCUUCUUCGGCGGGCCGCCGCCCGACGAGAGGCUGGCGCCGCUGCCGCAGCUUCUGGGAGACGACGGCGGCCGGAGCCGGUACCGGGACUUCACCUGGAGCGAGUUCAAGACCAGCGGGUGCAGGACCAGGCUCGCGGAAGACCGCCUGUCCCGCUUCGAGAAGCAGUAGCAGCUCUAGAUAAAGCUAUUAGUUAGCACAGGAUCGACCAUAUGUAUGCUUCUGUAUGUCAGUUGUCUUCGCAUGCAUAUGGGCGUUUAUAACGUGCUAGCUCGUGUCGUACGUACACGUGUAUGCACGCAUGGUGCACCACACAUGAAUGGUGUCGUCAUCCAAUAUCAUCCCACUUUUCUUUAUUCA